AUGGUUACUACGGUCACAAUUUCGUCACUAACGGUGACAAACUAUGGUUACAAAUUAGAACGUCACAAAAAUUGUGACUAUAUACAUCACAAAGCUGUUCGACAGGUUUAUGUCACGGAGGCCAGACUCUCUCAUCUAGCUAUACCCCCAAGUCAAUUUAUACAUCCACCACCAGUACCACCACCCAUGCCUGCAUUGCCCUCUCCACCAUGUGGAUCUAAUAUCGGAAGUCAAACUUUGGCACAAAGAGAAGAGUCUUGUAGAAAAGUUCGAAGGCCUCCUAAAACGAAAAGAAGAAAAAUUCAAAAGCCUCCUGCAGCAAUCCCGUUACCUCCAAGCAAGAGUUAG